AUGCUGGUGCUGGUUCUGGUGCUGCUGCUACUGCUACUGCCCCACAACGUGUUCUGUCAGAGGCCGGAGGCCAAAUGCCCACUGAAUCUGAUCAAGGAUGAGAACGAUCCACUGAAUUAUUACCGUCGAGGAGAUCUCAUCGUUGGGGGGAUUGUAGGCACACGUCAUAUUUAUCUGGAUCUCAUCCCUUUCGACAGACCUCCCUACACCAAAAAGAAUCAUUCUUCAGCUACAGAUUACCAGCCCAUCGUCGCCUUCCUCAUCACCGUUCGGGAGAUCAGACAGAACCCCAGGCUCUUGCCCAACCACACCCUGGGCUACGAAAUCUAUGAUAACUUUUUUGAAGCGAGGAUGACUUCCGAUGGCUUAUUAGACCUGCUCUCCACAGGAAAGCAGAACAUCCCAAACUACCGCUGCCGAAAUCACAGGAACCUGACGGUGAUCGUCGAAGGAACGGGGCCCGAAAUCUCCAUCCAGAUUGCAAAUAUGGCGGGCAUCUACAAAAUCCCACAGGUCAGUUAUGGGCUUACUUCCCAUGUUCUUCAAGAUCCCACUCAGUUCCCUUUUUUCUACCAGAUGGGUCCAGACCCAGAAAAACAUUACCUGGGGAUUGCCCAACUGCUCCUGCAUUUCCGAUGGACGUGGAUCGGUCUCUUUGCUACAGACACUGAAAACGGAAACCAGUUCAUGAGAAUCUUUCCGCCUCUGGUCAAUCGUAAUGGUAUUUGCGUUGCCUUCUCCCUGAGCAUCCCGGUAACAACCGCUCUUCCAAGUAUGAAAAACUUCCUCCGUUCCUCCGACGCGUUCCGCUUGUGGAGAAACGUCUCCGUGUUAAUUUUUUAUAAGGAAUCCGGCGCUUUCGGAGAUAUCCUCUCCUUUGUAGACGGGUCCUUUAGAAGGUGGAUAUGGCCCUACGCCAAGAAGGUCUGGGUCAUCGUGGCCUUGCGGAUGAUAAAGGUCAGAGAUACUUUUUUAAGUGUCGCAACUUCUCCUCUGACCCAUGGGGUUUUUUCGCUCACUACUCACAAAGAUGUACAGACAAAAUAUAUGGACCUGGCUUCGAGUGUUGGGAGGAAAGGCUUUAGUUGCCACGACAACAAACCUUCGCUGACGGUGAAAGCACAACGAAGAUGCAGAGAAAGAGAAAGAGACCCGAAGACUCUUUCUCAGCGUGAGGCCAAAAAUAUCCUUUCUAUAGACAACUUCUAUACUUCCAGUGCCAUCCAGGCAGUAGCAGAGGCCUUACACGUGGCGUACUCCCAGAAAUCAAAGUUAGUCAGGAAUCACAUCCGCUGGCAGAGGCUUCAGCCAUGGCAGAUUCAUCGUUUUUUGAAAAACACCCCCCUUUACAAUGCUUCCGUGCGGGAUAUGCAGUUGGAUGAGGACGGGAACGCGGUCGGCGAUUUUGAUGUUGUGAGAUGGACGCAGUCUUCAAAUUCAUCUUUCUAUUUAGAAAGAGUGGGGAAAGUAGAGAGGCAGGGGCCCGCGGACCUGAAGUGUUCUAAGAGCUGCCCUCCAGGAAACUCCAAGAAGGUCCGAGAAGGACAGCAGUUUUGCUGCUAUGACUGUUUGCCUUGUGCGGAAGGGAUGAUCUCCACCUGGGAAGAUUCCAUCCGCUGCGAGAGAUGUCCGGAAGAUCACUAUCCAAAUGAAGAUAGAACUAAAUGCCUUCCCAAGGCUAUAACAGUCCUGUCAUACAGAGAACCUCUGGGCAUGAGCCUAGCUGUCUUAGCCCUCCUUUUGUCUUUCACCUCAGUUUAUGUUUUAUGUAUCUUUAUUAAAUACAUGGAUACCCCAGUAGUCAAAGCCAAUAACCGGGACCUCUCCUACAUUCUCCUCACCUCCCUCCUGCUUUCCUUUCUCUCCUCCUUUCUGUUCAUCGGCCAGCCAAGGAAAGCUACCUGCCUUCUCCAACAAACUGCCUUCAGCAUCAUCUUUGCAGUUGCCGUCUCUUGUAUGUUGGCCAAAACGAUCACCGUGGUGGUGGCCUUCAUGGCGACAAAGCCGGGAAGCAGGAUGAGGAAAUGGCUGGGGAAGAGUUUGGCCAACUCCAUCGUCCUGUUUUGUUCUGGCGUUCAAGUCGUCCUCUGCAUCAUCUGGCUCAAAAUUUCCCCUCCCUUCCCAGAUGCUGACAUGGACUCCCAGCCGGGACACAUGAACCUGCGAUGCAAUGAAGGGUCUGCCACCAUGUUUUAUGGUUCUUUGGGCUACCUGGGCUUCCUGGCGGCCAUUUCUUUCACAGUGGCUUUCCUAGGCAGGAAGCUGCCUGGGGCCUUCAAUGAGGCCAAGCUGAUCACCUUCAGCAUGCUGGUCUUUUGUAGCGUAUGGGUGUCCUUUGUGCCCACCUACCUGAGCUCAAAGGGGAAAUACAUGGUAGCCGUGCAGGUCUUCUCCAUCUUGGCCUCCAGUGCUGGCUUGCUAGGUUGCACCUUCGUUCCUAAAUGCUACGUUAUCCUCCUAAGGCCAGACUUGAAUUCCAAGGAACAUCUAAUGGCUAAAAGUUAA